AUGGCUUGCGUUCAUUUGACACUGGGUGCUUGUCCAUGUACCAAGAGCAUCAUAACCUGUUCCUCCAACAAUACGGUUGAGGGUGAUGAUUCAAGAGAAAGACAACAUUGGGGGUACUCCAUUGAAUUGAUGCUUUGUGAUGAUCCAUGGAAUAUAAAGAAGAAGCUGACAGAGAGUGAUCUUGGUUACUUGAGUAGGCUCUUGAUUAACAAAGAUUUGACUGAGAAUUUAGUGCUUCCUGUGUUGACUCCUGAGCAAAGAGUGGCUCUCUACCAAAACGGAACUAAAAUCUUGAUCUGGGACAUGGACACCCAAUCCCUACAUUACUUGGUUUUCAAGUUUUGGGUUUCUUCAAGAAGUUAUGUUUUCAUUGACAACUGGACUAAAAAUUUUGUGAAAAGAAGGGGCUUGAAGAAAGGGGAUGAAAUUAAACUUCAUUGGAAUCCAUACAAGAAGUGCUUCAAUUUUUCUGUUCAAUAUUCUAGUUAA